GGAAACACCCGAGCGCGGCCGGAGCGGGGCGGCCGGAAACACCCGAGCGGGGGUGGGGGGACGGAAACACCCGAGCGAGUGCGUGUGAGCCGGGCCGCAGGGAGAUGGUGGCGCCUCGGUGCUCAUGCCUCAGCCUCCCCCCUCGACAACGCAGCCAAUCAGCAUUUAGUUCUGCAGAGCCGCGGGGCGCGGGCGGCGCCGCAGGCUGACAGCAGGGAGGCAGUGGCGGAAGGGAGAAGGGGGAACACCUCCCGGAAGUGAUGGUUGCCACGGUAACGGGGUCCCGGGAAGACGCGUUGCCGUGGUGGCCUGGGGAUGGAGCCGCGGCCGGGUCCCUCGGGGCCACAGCUUGACCCCAAGGGCGCGGGGGGACCGCGGUCCGUCUGCCCCUUCCUGACCUGGAGCGCCGAGGAAGUGGCUGAGUGGGUGGCGCAGCUCGGCUUCCCCCAGUACGAGGAAUGCUUCAGGGCCAACGGCAUCACCGGCCGCCGCCUCAUCCAUGCCAACUGCUCCAACCUGCCCGCCAUGGGCGUCACGGACUUCGGCCACAUGCAGGAAAUUUCACGACAUGUGCGAGAGCUGCUGGGGAUUGAGGAGCCUCUCUUCAGCAGAUCCAUUGCCCUCCCAUACAGAGACAAUAUGGGUCUCUUCCUAGAGAGAAAGGCACCAACAGGAAAGAAGGCAGAUGCCCUCACUUUCUCACAGUUUGUCCAAAAAGCAGGACUGGAGCCCUAUACUACAGUUCCUUCUUUGCAAGGAUCCCAGACCAUGGUGGGAAUGGAUGCUCUCCCUGCAUCACAGGACAUGCAGAGGCAGAAUUAGAGACUCAUGCUAAAUUUUUGCCUUUGUAAGAAGCCCAGCAGCUACAGCCACUGUACCCUUGUUACCUUGCAGAUUGUUCAAGGAGGUAAAGUUCCACCUUCACACAAUUACAAAAAAUUGUGCACUGCACCACUACUGCAGCUCUUAGACAUUUUAUUACACCAAACCCGUUCCACAUUGUCUCUUUUCUGCAAUACUUCAUUUGCUUACAGGAACUAAGUGAAGUGGAGGUUGUAGAUCAGACUGUACCAUUGUCUGUCUUUCACUUGUGCUUCACAGUUGAUUAAAAAAGACCAGAAACACAAUUAGGCAAAUAUUUUAGGCACAAGUGAUUGAUAAGAACUUCCCAGAUGCUCAAGUGAAUAGAUUUCUCCCAGGCUUCAGUGUCUGCAGACUGGGCUUGCUCUGAAACCCAAAUGUAAGAUAAAUGGCAUAUAUAAUAAUAGGUGUACAGGUGUGGUGACAGCUGCUGUCAGCAAUAAUAAUUAAGCAAGGAGUCUAGGUGCAACAUGCAUAACUAAUCCUUGGCCUCACUUCAGAGGCCAGUAAAUGAUUUCCUGUGAGGCAAAACUAGGAAGGCAGUGUUUUAUUAUGGUAAACAGUACUGAAACACAAUGAUACAUGGUGGCAGAAGGUACAAAAGAACACUGAAUAAAGAAUUUAGGGAAUAAAAAUUUCUUUGUCCUAGGUGGAUUUGGACAGAGUAUCCAGUUACCUCCUUUUUCCUUGAAGGACAUAUCAUAUAGUCUGUGGUGGUGAGGGUGGAAUGCGUUAUCACCAGCAAGGAAGUAGAAGUAAGUGCUGAUGAAAGCCUGGCUCAGCAGAAAGAGUGCACCUGACUAAAUCAUUAGUAUAUUGUCAGGAUUCAAUAACUUUCUCAAGAUCCCACAGGGG